UCUCAGAAAGAGAAUGACGGGCAGUACAUUUCUUUCUGUUUAGGAUAUUAUCGACGAGCAUUUCAGAUUUCUGUGGAAGGAAAAGCCUUUCAAAUCAAGUUGAAUCGUCCGAAGAAGUUUAACGCAAUUACUGUGGAUAUGUAUAAGGGUAUUAUGGCUGCACUGGAGGCUUCUAACAAGGAUAGAUCCACUUCAAUCACAGCACCGGAGAUUUCUUCUGUUCCGGAAAUGACCUCAGUAAUUUUGCGAAAGCUGCCUCUGCUAGUAAGGAAGAAGUUAAAGGAGAUGGCUGAAAGCGCUGCUCAAGUUCUGAAGCAAUAUAUCCAGGCAUAUAUCGACCAUGAGAAGCCCCUUAUCUGCCUGAUAAACGGUCCUGCUGUAGGCAUCGCCGUCACCGUACUGCCACUGUUCGACUACGUCAUCGCAACGGACAGGAGCACGUUCCACACUCCAUUUUCUACGCUUGGUCAGUCUCCAGAAGGCGCGUCAUCCUACACCUUCCCGAUCCUGAUGGGACAGCUUCGGGCAUCAGAGUUCUUGAUUCUGAACAAAAAGUUCUCUGCUCAUCAAGCACUUGACGCGGGACUUAUAAAUGAGGACUGCAGCGUAGUCAAGCAGCACUCAUCUCUGCCACCGGAAAGUCUGCGAGUUAAUAAGAUGCUUCUGCGGUCGUUCCACAAAGAAAUGCUCACAAAAGUCAACGAAAUAGAGUGCAAAACGAUAUGUGAACGCUGGCAGUCGAAAGAAUGCGCAGCUGCUAUUGCUGCUUUCCUCAGCCGUUCAAAGAAAUAA